AUGGCUCAACCAUCGUCCCAUGUAACUCCACCUUUGAAAGAUGAGCUUGAUAUUGUUAUCCCAACUAUAAGAAACUUAGAUUUCUUGGAGAAGUGGAGACCUUUCUUUCAGCCAUACCACCUUAUCAUUGUUCAAGAUGGUGAUCCUAGCAAGAACAUCCUGGUCCCUGAUGGUUUUGAUUAUGAGCUUUAUAAUAGGAAUGAUGUGAAUAGGGUUCUUGGUCCUAAAGCUAAUUGUAUCUCCUUCAAAGAUUCUGCUUGUCGUUGCUUUGGUUUCUUGGUUUCCAAGAAGAAGUAUAUCUUCACCAUUGAUGAUGAUUGCUUUGUGGCUAGGGAUCCAAGUGGGAAGGAGAUCAAUGCAUUGGCUCAGCAUAUACAGAAUUUGCUGACACCUUCUACACCAUUUUUCUUCAAUACCCUUUAUGAUCCGUUUAGAGAAGGUGUUGAUUUUGUGAGAGGAUACCCUUUUAGCCUGAGAGGAGGUGUGCCUACUGCUAUCUCUCAUGGACUUUGGCUUAACAUUCCUGAUUAUGAUGCCCCAACUCAGCUUGUCAAGCCCCUUGAACGUAACACUAGGUAUGUGGAUGCUGUUUUGACAAUCCCAAAAGGCACCUUAUUCCCAAUGUGUGGAAUGAACCUUGCUUUCGACAGGGAAUUGAUUGGCCCUGCAAUGUACUUUGGACUCAUGGGUGAAGGUCAACCCAUUGGAAGAUAUGAUGAUAUGUGGGCUGGCUGGUGUGCCAAGGUAAUCUGUGAUCAUUUGAGUCUUGGGGUUAAGACAGGGCUACCAUAUAUUUGGCAUAGCAAGGCAAGCAAUCCAUUUGUGAAUUUGAAGAAGGAAUACAAAGGCAUAUACUGGCAGGAAGACAUCAUCCCAUUCUUCCAAUCUGUUGUCCUGCCAAAAGAGUGCACGACCGUGCAGCAAUGCUACCUUGAGCUUUCCAAACUGGUCAAGGAAAAGCUUGGUCCUAUUGAUCCUUACUUUCAGAAACUUGGUGAUGCCAUGGUUACCUGGAUUCAAGCAUGGGACGAGCAGAACUCACCAGCACAAAAAGCUGAAGCUCCGGUCGCUGGCGUUAAGAAAAACUGA